AUGCAACACCCGCGCCGUCGUCGUGGUCGCACAUCACACGCGCUAGUACUACGCAUCGCGUCGCACCGCCGUCGAUAUAUCGCUUGCAGCGCGCAAUCAUAACACAAUAUUUUAUCGGGUACCCGUGUGUAUAAAGUCCUUAGUCCGUUUGUUGUUUUAUUGUCUCCGCGGCCCACCAUUCGCGCCGGUGCUGCGUGUAAAAGACAACAGUAUUGACAGUAAAUAUAGUUACGCGACAGCGUCCGUUCUCGCCAAUUUCAGGAGUCACUAUCCUCGUCGCUGUUGUUUCACAUCGUUUUCCACUGCCGAUCUGUCAGGAAGACCUAACCACCGCGUCUAUGACGACCUCGGCCGACCGUCGGCCGUGCCCUCCUCGAGGGACGUCUGCCGCCGGUGGUUCGUUCGACUGUUGCGGGCGGUCAGACGCCGCCACCGUCGCGCGAUCCGAAACCGAGAGUGUAUAGCGGUUUUUCGCGCUACCAUAUUCGCCGACCUCAUCGCGGUUCCGGAUAAGAAAAAUUGCCCCCACACGCCGAGAACCAAAAAUCCAUCACAAUUCUGUCGUCGAUACCGUUUAGGCCGGGGUUAAGGCCGAACAUGCUAAACAACAUCAGUAUCAUCGGCCCGAACAAUGUCGGCGGCCAUAAGGACUUCGAUGGUCUCAAACACCGAUCGCUACACCAGUUACAGACCGGCGGCGGCGGGGGAAGUGUGCACGACGUCGGAGCCGGUCACGGACUCGGCACAGGCAACGGUCACCUGCAGCAAGGCAACGGCCCGUCGCCGCCGCAUCAGUUGUCCACCGGUACCGGAGGCGCUGGCGGCGGCGGUGGUGGACCGUUUCGGUUGUCGUGCGGCGGUUUCGACCUGUCUACCGCGGCCGGUCACGGGCUGGCCGCUGCCGCCGCUGUGGCCGCCGCCGGUAGUGGUGGUGGGCUCAACGGCGACGACGCCGGAAAGCCGAACAAGCAAAAGAGACAUCGGACCCGGUUCACGCCGGCACAACUCAACGAGCUGGAGCGAUGCUUCAGCAAGACCCACUAUCCGGACAUUUUCAUGCGCGAGGAGAUCGCCAUGCGGAUCGGUCUCACCGAGUCCCGAGUACAGGUUUGGUUCCAAAACCGAAGAGCAAAAUGGAAAAAACGCAAGAAAUCAACAAACGUGUUCAGGAGCCCUGGUGCCCUAUUACCGUCCCAUGGACUACCACCUUUUGGGUCCAUGUCCGACAGUAUGUGUCCCACAUCAAUGUUCAGCUCUCCAGACACCAGAUGGGGUGUGACGAGCAUGGCCACGGGACUCAGUCAACUGGCUGGCGGUACAGUUACCAUGAGCGGAUACAACCAUCAGAACUCGUCACUCAGCUCUGUGCCGAUCACGACGAUGGCAACCAACGCUCAGAACAUGUAUCAAGCGCAUUAUGGUCUCAACUCAUUAGGCGAUUCAAACAAAUGGCGAUUUUCCAAAGACCAAUUCAAACCUUAUCCAGCUGAUUCUCAGUUAUUUUGAGAAUUAAUGUAAUGUGCUUCGUUGUGUCUCAUACCGUAAUUUACACGCAAGACAACGGAAUGGACAACUCUGUUCAAAUGCACACGAGGCGGAGCCAAUUAACUGAACAAUUUUUUUCUUCCAAAUUAUUAUAAUUAAUAUUAAUUAGUGUUUGGUGAUGAGUUCUUAAAACUAAGAAUAUUUUUUAAACUAUUCAUUAAAAAUAAUUAUUGUAAAUCUAUAGCGGCAAUAACGUUUAUUUUAACUAUACACUUACUCGUGUAUAUAAGUCAAAUGUAUCCAUCUAUUACGGGAAAUUUUAAAUAAAAAUGUUGAUAUACCAACUAAUGUAAACAGUGCUCGGAUUAUAUUAGCAAUGAUACUUCCAACGGUAACUGACAAUGUGAUACAUUAAUCACUAGUAAAAAUGUUUACUAUAAUAAUUAUAUAUAACACCGUAGGCAAUAUAUAUGUGCCUACUUUAUGAUACAAAGCUAGGUUACAUAUCUACCUAAUUAGUAAUAAUAAACAAUUAUAGGUGAAAUUACACAAGGUAUAUCUACUAUAUUUUAAUAUUAAUAUAUCAAUGGCCGCAAUUUACAUCACUAACAUACCAAUAUACUUUACAGCCUAGGCAAUAUAUGUUAGGUUUGUCUAAUAUCUACACAAUAAACAUAUGA